UAAAGUCACCCUCUAUCUCUCCUGCUCUCUCACAAGCUCUGCGGCUUUUGCUUGCUUUUUCAGUGUGGUUGAGAGAAUCAAGAACCUAUCUUUCUUGUGUGUGUGAGAGAGAGAGAGAGCGAGCUAUGGAGGGCAAGGAAGAAGAUGUUAGACUUGGAGCAAACAAGUUCACAGAGAGACAACCCAUAGGUACAUCAGCUCAGACUGAUAAGGACUACAAGGAGCCACCACCAGCUCCCCUGUUUGAGCCUGGUGAGCUCUCCUCGUGGUCCUUCUACAGGGCUGGGAUUGCCGAGUUCAUCGCUACUUUCUUGUUUCUCUACAUCACUGUCUUGACUGUCAUGGGUGUCUCUAAGUCCAAUAACAAGUGCGCCACUGUGGGUAUCCAAGGUAUUGCUUGGGCCUUUGGUGGUAUGAUCUUUGCCCUUGUUUACUGCACUGCUGGUAUCUCAGGUGGACACAUCAACCCAGCAGUGACCUUUGGUCUGUUUCUGGCUAGGAAGCUCUCCUUGACAAGGGCACUGUUCUACAUCAUCAUGCAGUGCCUUGGUGCCAUCUGUGGUGCUGGGGUGGUAAAAGGUUUUGAGGGAAAGCGUGUAUACCAGACUUUGGGUGGUGGAGCCAACGUUGUAGCUCAUGGCUACACCAAGGGUGAUGGUCUUGGUGCUGAGAUUGUUGGCACCUUUAUCCUUGUCUACACCGUCUUCUCUGCCACUGAUGCAAAGAGGAACGCCAGAGACUCUCAUGUUCCUAUUUUGGCUCCUCUUCCCAUUGGGUUUGCAGUGUUCUUGGUUCAUUUGGCCACCAUCCCCAUCACUGGAACUGGCAUCAACCCAGCCAGGAGUCUUGGAGCUGCCAUCAUCUUCAACAAGGACCAUGCAUGGGAUGACCAUUGGAUUUUCUGGGUUGGACCCUUCAUUGGAGCUGCCCUUGCUGCUGUGUACCAUCAGAUUGUGAUCAGAGCUAUCCCUUUCAAGGCCAGGGCUUAGGUGUUUUACCAAAAUCACUUCUCUAUCGCUUUUCUCCCCUUAGUGUUAUCUUCCUCAUCUUUUUUCCUUUUUGUUUGUGUAAUUUUGUUUCUAUCCCUCCAUGUGAAUCUGGUAUUGGAGAGUGAAUUAUGUGUGUAAAUUAUGUAGUGUGGGUGGGUGGAUGUAUCGUUGUGACACCUAUUGAUAUUGAAUGCAGAAAUUCUUUUUUUAUGUUUUUA